AUGGACCCCAAGGACCGCAAGAAGAUCCAGUUCUCGGUGCCGGCACCCCCCAGCCAGCUGGACCCCCGCGCCGUCGAGAUGGUGAGGGUGGACAUCGGGGCUGCUGACCCAGAGGACGAGUCCCUGCCCUACCAGCGUGCCUCCGGCGAGGGCUGCUUGCUUAAACCAAAGAGGACCAACCCGUGUGCCUACACGCCACCCUCGCUCAAAGCGGUGCAGCGCAUCGUGCAGUCCCACCUGGAGAGCGGCCUGGCCGGGGGUGACAGCUCCGACGGGGAGGCUGAUGACGGGGACCAUGAGCUGACCCGCGCCUGCGACCCUGACAGCGCCCUGGAGCCUGGUCUGGGCGCAGUCUUGGGGCUUUUUCCACCAGACAUUGCAUGGCCGCAGCCUCCUGGUUUUUACGAGUGGGAUCUGCUGCGGACAAACCCCACUUGGAUCCAGGAGGAUGCAGAACCACUGGGGCAGUGGCUAAGACAGUAA